AUCGACACGUCUUUUACAAUUGCUGAUAACUUGGCGAAUUGAAUACUUAAUUUGUAUAUAUUAAAUGCCUGUUGACAUAAACAGCAAAGAUAUUUCAGCGAAGUUCUUAAUCAAUAAUGGAAUGACGAGCCAUAAAAAGAACCAUUUUUACCACACACCAAUUUAAACAUGUUAAACACUGCUGAAGGUGGAACCGUGGACUAUGAACUUGUUGAUCAGGAAGAACAAUUGCAGAGUUGCUUGGAUGAAAUCAAGCAAGCAGUUUCGAAUGGCAAAAGGCUGGCAUUGGAUUGCGAAGGUGAAAGUCUUUCACGAGAUGGUAAAAUGCAGCUCCUGACAAUAGCUACACGGGGAAAAUCCUAUAUCUUGGACAUACAGAAACUGAAAGCGCUGCCGUUUGAAAGAGGUCUACGUGCACUAUUGGAAGAUAAAAACGUGAUGAAAUUAAUGUUUGAUUGUAGAGGGGAUGCUGAUGCUUUAUUUCACCAGUUUCAUGUGAAACUCGAUGGAGUGCUCGACAUUCAACUGCUAGAAAUAAUGAAACGUCCAGAGUUUGCGUGCAAACCGAUAAAUAGAAAAAGAAGCGACAACACUGUUAGUGCGAUUCGUCUAAGUAGUCUUUUAGGUUGUAUUGAAGAGUAUGUUAAAUCUGAUGACAUGGUCAAACAAAAGAGAGAAGGAAUGGAUUUGCAAAAUAAUUGGACACAGCGACCACUGACCACCGAACAGAUGAAAUAUGCAAAAACCGAUGUGUUAUCGUUGUUUCGCCUGUUUGACCAUUUUAACCCCGACGAUGAAGAAAAGACAAGAUUGGAAAUUGCAUCACAGAUAUAUGUAGACUUGAAAAGAUCUAUUCCUGCUCGUACAUACAACGAAUUCGAAAACAACAAGUAUCUUCCAGUUGAUAUCAUUCCAGAUAAGGGCUCUUCAAGUUUUCCAAAAGGGAAUGUAUCAUGUACGGAAUGCUAUCGACAAUUUCCAGGAGACGAAUUCUCAAAAAAACAGCUGAAAAUGCGCAAACAGAUGUGUAGAACAUGCAAAGCGGUGAAGAGGGACAAGGACGUUCAUCAAAACAGACUUGCCAACUUUGAAAGGGCAGAGAGAGAAGAAUCAGUAGAUUACUAUGAAAGUGAUGAGUAUAAUGUUGAUGAUGAUGAUGGUGAUGAAUGGUGACAAUUUGAACAGGUGCUGUUUAACUAUUAGACCCUUAUUGUGUGGUUUUAAUGCCGUGUUAUGUUGUUUUAAUUUGUUUUAACGUUUUCAUGAGUAGGAAGAGAAAGUGUAGUUAUGCUUUCACUUUCAAUGUUAAACAACAUUUUGUACAUUAACAUUGAUGUGUAUUUGGUCAUUAUAUUUGCAUAGUUAUGAUCAGAAAACAAUCCCCUUAAUGUUAAUUAAACUGUUGAAUAGCUGAAUGGUGGGUAGAAUACAAAUUAAGACAUUAUCACAACAGCAACCAAGAACAUUAUGCGAAACGCAACAGCACAUCAGGUAUUGUAUGUAUAGUGUGGUCCCACUUUUUGUUCGGCGCACUAACACCAGCCUACAAAUGUAGUCUAUUCUCUUUUCGAAACAGCAUCUGUAAUAAUGUUGUCAAGUAUACGAAACGAACAAAUCAGCUAGGUUUUUGUUCUGAAGUCUACUAAAAGAUUGCUGAUCAUAGAGAUGAAGAGAUGAUCAUAGCUUGUCAGUGGUUGUCGAGAAAUAUGAUGGUUGAUAAACAGCAGAACCUAGUUAUUUUCAUAUUGAAAUUAUUAAAUUAUAUCUCGGAAACGGUAUAGAACUCAAAUCUUAAAUAUAAAACAGUUCCUAAAAACCAAAAGAGAUGAAGUUGAAAUUAAAUCUCAUUAACAGCGACAAGCUAUUGUUUUUUGAUUUUUAUUUACAAUUAAUUUUAAAUUGUUCUUCUCUUCAUCUCUGCAGUGUGUUCGUUUUUCUGUUAUCUCAUUUUGCAUCGGCCAUAAUACUUGAAGAAGCCCUUGUACCUAUAAUCAUAAUAUAAUCAUGGACCUAUAAACCAUAGGUCCGUGAUAUAAUGCAUGUAUUGAACACUAAAUUUAGCUUUCGGUCUAGCUACAUGUAUUUAAAUGUUCAGAAUUUGCAUCCCAUUUCACGAAUCAUCAUCUAUAUAUCAUUUAUUUUUGAGUGCAGUUUUUUUAUGUGCUUGAAACUGCUCAUUGUAUACUUCUUUUUGCAAAUAAACUUACCAUUUCAAGUACUUACGGCAUUGGAUGAUUCGUGGCUUUAAGUCCGCUCAAAUCCGUCAAGGGAAUUUCUUUUCUCUUUUUAUGCAACAACUAAAGCCUGUGGGUCAACUUCCCACAUCAAAGGAAAUGACUGCAUUCAUCAGCGAUUUGCCAUAUACGUUCAUAUCCGUAUCGCCAUGAACUUACUUCUACAGAGGCGGGCUCAUACAUGCACAAAGCACCCAUACAUGUACAGUCUGCAUUGUUUUAAUACGAACCGACCAAUAAACUGUAGUUUUUAAUCAUACAAAGACGGCACGGUUACAAACGAAUAUCUUUAAAGUGUUAGAAUUUACUGUUCGAAACCUCUUUUGGGUCGGUACACAGUGAGGGUCUUUUCAUUGCAAAAUACUUAUGAAUGUGAUUUUAUUAAUUGUUCAUUUUCAAACAGUAGUGUAUUACCAAACGUGUCAA